AUGAAGGGAAGGAGCAUGCAUAUUAACUGCACCUUGGAGAGUUUAGCAAGAUUGAAAGAGAAGAUUGGGGAAGAUGCUUACUCUCAGAUACGUGAUCAGUCUAAAGUGGGAGUAUUGUUGAAGCUUGCUGACAGUUUUUUUGUAUGGUGGGCAAAGCUUGUGCAUCACCUGUUAACUCAUCAAUUGGCAAUCAGUAGGCCAUAUGAGAUUUGGUGUCUCAUUGAAGGGAGUCCAAUAAGGUUUACGCUUCACGAAUAUGAAGACAUAACUGGUUUGAAUUGUGCGAAAAUUAUUGUAGAGGACAUAGUGGCGGUUGACCACAGAGAGUUUUGGGGAGAUUUAAAGUUGGCUGCAGAGAAGGGGCCAAACUGGAAUGAGUUGGAGUCAGCAUUAAAUAGUUGUAGGAGUUGGAGUUUAGAAAAGAAGAAGAUGCUUGGUCUGUUGUUCGUGGUGCAUGUAGGUAUAUUGGGGAUAUCUAGGUCAAGUAGGAUACCUUUGGACUAUGCCAAGAGAGUGCUUGACACAGAGGCAUUUGAGAGAUUUCCAUGGGGGCGAGUUGGUUUUAAGGAGCUUAUUGAGUCAAUAAAAGUUUUGAAGUAUGAUAGAAUUCAUUAUGCUAUCCAUGGCUGUCCGCAUGUCCUGAAUAUAUGGGCAUUUGACAGUAUUCCACAUCUUGCGAAAUCACAUGGGAACAAAGUACCGGACGAUGGUGAUGGCGAUGAAGAUGAACCGGAACCAAUCAAGGUGCAGCAUUUAGUGGUGAGGCCUAUGGCAGAGAUUUAUUAUGUUUGGCCUGGAGAGAAUGUUGUAUAUGGGGAAGGUGUAGGUGCUAAUAAGCUGGUGGAUAAUCUCCUGCAUGAUAUUAUUAAUGGUGGUUUAAAAGAAAGUGGUUUUGGUGAUCCGGAGAUUGGGAAGAAAACUGGAAAGAGGAAGAAGGAAGUGGACACUGAGGAUGAUUUUGUUGACCCACCUAAGAAGAGAAAAACAGAGACAGAGAAACGUAUAAAGAAGAAAGCUAAUAGUGGGAAGCAAUUAAGAGAUGUGAGUGAUGAUAGUGGAGAAGAGGUUCUGGAGGAACAAGAAAUGGAGAGACUUUUUAAGAUGAUAGGCAGUUUGUCUGAAGAAAUGAAAACAUUGAACACCAAUUUCGUGGCUGGGCUUGAGAAAGUAGACCUAAAAUGCGAAGAGCUGAAGAAAAGUGUGACAGAUCUGUAUGGUGAUGUGGAGAAGCUGAGGAAGAAGGCAGAAGAGAAGAAUGAUGAGAGCGAAGAAGAUUUUGCAAUUGGUUCAGAAGAAGGGACAUGA